GCCUAAUGGAACCAAUAUUUUUAAUAGCAAAUGCACAACCAUGUCAAAUAAAUUACCAUUCAUAAAGUUAAAAUGUGAUAUUUUCGUCAAACUUCACGUGUUCGAAGGGAUAUGACGCUACGACGCGCUUGCCCGCGCGUCAAGUUCUUCAUUCUUCACUGUUUGAAAAAUGCUCCUCGCGACUCCUGCGCUGUGUGCUGUGACGUCACAGUGAUCGCUCCAUAUAUCUGCGCUCGAGCAGAAUCUUUCUGAUGGUUUAUGGCGAGGAGUUCUUGUGUGAGAGACCGACUGCAGAAACUGAGACAUAGUGUACAGACUAAACACGGUGUGCAGCUUUAUAGCGUCUACACAGUGAUUAGGCCACAGUGUCCAGAUCUGCCUUUUCAGAGUCUUCACACAGUUCUUCACCGGGCAUCAUGUCCACACCAUCUUUACCCCGCUCUGUGGGCAAUGUAGAGAGGUGGUUAUGUGGGUUGACAAGCUUUAGCAGCAGAGGCACGUACAUCGUGAGGUGCGAUGGUACAUCGGACGAUCAAUAUGAACAGGGCAGUUGCGGCAACAGGAGCUUGUCCAGGUCCGACAGCCUCGACUUGAGUUUGUCCAGGUCCAAUAGCCUCCAAUGGUGGAUGUGUCCUCCGCUGCCAGGUCAAGUUCCCGUCGAGCCAGCGAAGUCUUCAAAGGUCCCGACUGCUCAGGGUGCCAUGAAGGCUUCUCCUGUGAACAAGAGCUCGACAGAAAAACCUACAAAGCGUAAGAAGAUGGAAAGAAUGCGUUCUUUCCUCAGGAGCGUGUGGAAGGCUGUGAAGAGUCCCUUCGGCUGCUGUUGUGACAGUAGUGCUGUGGAUGUUGUGGAGCCUUUCGUUCCUCCAGCCGAUUCCGAUUCCGAUUCCGAUCCUGAUCCCGAUCCCGAUCCAUCAUCACCUGAUCCAGAUCACUCAGGUGUCAAGCCAAAUAAUGACUCCUUUGAGUCUCUCUAUAAUGCGGGAGAGAUGAUUGGAUCCGGUGGAUUCGGAAGAGUGUUCAAGGGAACCCGCAAAUUUGACGACAAAAAGGUUGCCAUCAAGCGGAUGCGCAAGACUUGCAACGAUCUUUACCUUGAUAUUCCUGGGCAUCCCAAACCUCUCAUUACAGAAGUGGCGCUGCUGCUAAUGAUGAGGCAAGAACCCAUAAGCCCCUUCGUCAUACAGCUAUACGACUGGUUUGAACAUCCUCGAAAAUUCACUCUCAUAAUGCAGUUCCCUGAACCCUGCGAGAGCUUGCUGGACUUCAUCAUUCGUAAUCCUCAACUGGACGAAACAACAGCGCGGGUCAUCAUGCGACAGGCUGUGCUCGCUGUACAACACUGCAUCGAGCACGGCGUUUUCCAUAAUGACGUUCAUGCGCACAAUUUCCUGUUGAAGAAAGACACGUUAGAGCUCAAGCUGAUAGACUUUGGCUGCGGUCAGUUGCUCAGUAGCGAUGGCUACGAGAGCGACAUAUACAUUGGAUUACUGGAUUACUGCCCACCUGAAGUCUUCACACAACCUCGAUUCCACGCCGUCCCAGCGAAUGUCUGGUCUCUAGGAGUGUUGAUGUACGAGAUGGUGAACGCAUGUCCUCCUUUUCGUGAUGCAAAGGAAAUCACACAAGCCAAAGUUUCAUUUCAGAACUCCAACUUAUCUAAAGAAUGCAGUGAUCUGAUUAGCCAGUGCCUGACCCUGGAUCCAACUAAACGCCUGACGUUAGAGCAGAUGUUACAACAUGAAUGGAUAAGAAAUGAUCUGCUUUAGAUUGGAGAAGUUCAGGAGAUUCACUCGAUCAGUGAUUCAGGGUUGGACACACACCAUCCAGUCUAGAAAAACACACUGGAUUAAAAGCAGGAUUGGAUGGAUAUCAUCCUGACAGGAACUCAAGCUGCCAAACCAGAGAUCAGAGCCUGUCCACGUCUGAGCGAGAACAUGAGAGACUGAAGACUGGAAAGAAGUCAUCAAGUCAACACAUUUGCUUUGUUUUAAAAGUCAAGUCAUCUUUAUUUAUAUAGCACUUUAUACAAUUCAGAAUGUUUCAAAGCAGCAUUAUAGUUAUGAACAGGAACAUUAAUGAAUAAUGUUACAAACAGAAUUCAAUUCUUCUCUGUAUAAAUGAAACAGAUGAAUCCUCAUUAAAGUUACAAAAGUUAUUCAGUCUAGAGCAGUGAAUGAUUUUUUCUUUGUCCAGGAUUAUUAAGCUGCUGUCACUUUAAGACCUCAAAUAAAGCCUACUUAUAUUGUACACAUGCGUUUUCUUUCGCAGCUGUUUAUGUUCACUUAAGACAU